AUGUCAAAAGUAAUAUUUACACCAUGGAAAGAACAAUCGGAAUUGCAAUCGGUGCGGAAUCAAUUCUACCCUCCGCCGACGUACGAUGGACCAGACAUGCGGUCUAGAGCUUGCGCUACGGUUGCGGCUUGGAAGUUGAGGGGCAAUUUGCCCCAUCCCGUGGAGGCUACGGCUUUGCUAACGGAUGCUAUUUUGCAUGAUGAUGCGAAGAAAAACUCGAUCUUUUCGAUACGGGCGACGUAUUCGGCAGCUUUUUGUCGGUUCGUAACGGGUCUCGUAGACUCUAAACUCCAUGGCCAACGCAAGACCAUGUUCCAGCGUGCCAUUGACCUAGGCUUACCUGCCUCAUUCGUCGAGUUGCGACAUGAAGCAACUCAUCGUGAACUGCCGUCGUUGACGGUCCUGCGGAAUGCCGCGCAACGGUCCCUUGAAUGGCUCUGGGAUUACUACUGGGCCAAGAUUGAUCUGGACGCUGGUUUUGCACCGGACGGUGUCGAGGAUGACAUCGAGCCUGUUAAGGCUGCUGCCAGGGCUUGCCUGGCACAAGUGACAGGUGAGACGGGUGCGUCGGAACCGCCGCGGAAGAAGAGGAGGGUUCAGGUUUUGUCUGGUGUUGCGACGCAGUUGGUUUCGGUCUGUAAGAGCUCUGGGAAGGGCGCUGCUGCUGUUUCGGAGGUUUUGGUCGAGGAUGAGGUUUUGGUUUCUGGAGAGAGGAAGCUUGGGACCUCUUUGGAUGAUGAGUUUUCUAGGUGGGAUUAUUUCUUGCAGGUCAUCGUUGAGGGAUAUCCUGCUUUCCUGACAGGACUCGUGGAGGCUAUGGUCGAUGUGCUGGCGUUUGCUAGAUCAGCUACGAAGGAGGAUGCUCAUUGUGAAGGAGUUUAUAUGUGGCUGGACCAUAUUCUAUGCUCAUCACAAUGGGAGUCUAAGAGGCGGUUGCUCUCGUUUGCCUAUGCUCUCUCUGCCUGUGAGCAGAACUCGAAUCACUGGACGGAUAUGCUCAAGGAGAGGAUACAGGAAGUGGACAACGACUUGUCUAGUAGCCCAGGGGGUCAAGGAGAGCUAUCUGGAAAAGAUAAAAAUGCACCCCAAAGCCUACACACAGGGACAAGCCAUGAUUUGGAUAGCUUGAAGAACAUGGGAUGGGAGGUCGUAGAUACAUGGGAUAGUCGACCGUUAGUUUGUCUGUUUGGAGUCAACUACCAUCAUCUAUAA